AUGGUUCAUGAUGAAAAUAUCUUUGAAUUUCCUAUUAUGUUACUUCCUAAUGAAGUAAUUAAACUUAUUCUAAAAAAUGUUGACUGGAAGACAAUUUAUAACAUAAGACUGGCAUCAAAAUUUUUUAAUUCUUUUGUCAAGACAAAUUUAGUAUCAUUUCCAAAGCCAAAAAUGAAAAUAUUAAAUAUAUCAAGUUUUUAUAAUACAAAUGAUACAUUAAAAAUUUAUUUUUCUUUUUUUUGUGAAGAUAAAUUUAUUAAUCUUGAUAGUUUUUCUAUUUCAGCAAAUAGUAAUGAAGUUGAAGAUAUUGAAUAUUACUUACAAAAAAUGAAUCUUUCAGAUAUUGAGUACGCCUGGAUAAAAACAACAGGAAAAACAAUUAUCUUUGAUAUAUUAAAUCGUUAUUUUAAAUCAGGAACAUCAGUAAAAUCAUUAUACAUUGAAAUUAAUAACAAUCCUGUAUUUGAAAGUUUUUCAAUUUUUAUUCAAAAAAUGAAAUAUAUUAAUUUAUUGUAUCUAACAAAUUUAUGUUUUUCCAAUUAUAAGAUUCCAAAAAAUUAUACAUUGCCAAUGAUUGGAAAUUUAUGUAACUUAUUUAUAUUAGAAUGUCAAUGUACUCAUUUUGUUAAUUCUAAUAUGAUAAAUAACUUAUUUCUUAAAAAUGAUAAUCUUAAAGAAAUUAAAAUAUACUCUAAAUGUAAUAAUUUUGAAAUUGAAUUACUUAAAAAUAUAAAAAAUAGGCAAGAUUUAUGUAAUGGUCAGGAAGAUAAUCACAAACAAUAUCAUAUUUAUUUACCAAAACGAAGUGGCAUUAUUAAUAAUAUUGAAUUUGAAAAAUAUUUUCCCUGUAGAACUUACCAUAUGUUAGAUGCAAUUGAAAAUUUUUGCCAUUUUGGUGCUAUUAAACAUUGUAGAAAAUGUAGUACUCCUAAAGCUGUCUAUUUUAGGUAUAUAACACCUCCAAAACCUAUAGGAAUAAUUUGUGAAUUAAACAAAUAA